UACGGUCAUUAUGAGUACAUUGUGAUGCCUUUUGGCGUGACGAACGCACCUGCCAUAUUUAUGGACUACAUGAACCGUAUUUUUCAUCCAUUCUUGGAUAAGUUCGUGGUGGUGUUUAUAGAUGACAUCUUAAUUUAUUCGAAGUCUGAAGAGGAGCAUGGGGAGCAUUUGCGCAUUGUUCUACAAGUCUUGAAGGAGAAGAAGCUCUAUGCCAAGUUGUCAAAGU